CGCUGGUUAUCGUGCCUCAUCUCGGAGCGUCUUUGAUAGCAAAUGUGGACAAGGUACUUUGUCGACGAAUUGCAUUGCAAGGAAAUCCAUGAGAUGUUCGCGGACUGGGACCGUCGCCAAUGCUCUCCUGGAGGUCAAGCACUUACAGGACCUUUGGUAUCAUCAUAUUGUCCGGCUCGUAGGAACUUACCUCCGUGGCUGUGAUUUUGCCCUGCUUAUGUACCCAGUUGCGGACUAUCGCCUAGGCCAAUUUCUGCAAGAUACAGUUGACUUACCGUCGUGGAAUCGGUACCCUCGUGUCGCUUUCCUCGUAGGCAGCAUGAGCUGCAUAGCCUCUGCGAUUCGCUACGUUCAUGAUCACACAAGGAAGCACAUGGACACAAAACCGCAAAAUAUCCUUGUCCAAAUUGAGAUUGUCGUAAGCUUCGACCGAUAUCGGUGGAAAGUAUAUAUCCGGAACCAUAUGUCUACUCUCGUGAAGACGAACAAUUGAAGAAAGUGCCAGCUCAGCGUUCAAAUGAACACGGCCAUCGACAAUAUUGGAUACUGCGACAUCAGCAGCAGGAGACUAACUGUCAUCACCAUGUUGCUACAUACCUUCCAAUCGGUUGUCUCACGUACACACAUA